GCAGCAGCGGAGGAGUCGUCCGUGCAGAACACGGGAACUAAACAAGGGUCACCUUUUCUCUUAACCCUGCUUUUGCUGCUUCCCGCUGAAGUCAGGGGUGUUUAUUUGGACACAUGUUGCCUGGGGGAGCUGGUGUUUCCGCGGUAGGAGCUGCAGCCGCGGCCCGGCCGCCCCUGACAGUGACAGCAGGGUGUUGUGAGCCGCUCCUGCAGCAGAUAAGAGAUAAACUGUGCUGAGGCGGCUGCCAUAAGCAGAUAAAAGUGUGCAAUAACGGUGUAAAAUCCCCACUGUGUCGCCGACAAGCUCCUCGGCUGGACUAUUUGAGGACAUGGUGUGUGGAUCUAGCCAUUGGGACACAAACAUGUUCAUCCGAGUGGACUUAUUGGACCAGACUCUGCAGAGUGGAUGCUAGAAAACACUUUUUUUUUACUUUUUAAAAGUCAAAUUGUUCCAGUAUCAGGUCUUCAGUGUCUCGGACGAUGCUGCUUUUAAUUCGCAUAUCCAACUGCACGCACAGGCUGCAGUUGUGUGGAUCCCGGUUGUUGUGGCUGCAGCAGCGACCCAGGUGCUCGGCUGCCCGGAGGAGGAGGCAGGAUGUCCGGCUGCUGUCCCGGCUGCAGCCCCCCGGGUCCCCGGUGCUGCCCCCGGUGCUGUCCCGCAGGCCGCUCCUCUUCUCCCGCACACCCACGGCCACGCUCACACCUGUCGCCCUGUGCAGCAGCAGCUCCUCCGCGGGCUCGGAGAAAGCCCGGACCCCGGUCCCCCCGGAGGAUGUGAAGAGGAUCCUGCGACUGGCUCACCCGGAGAGAUGGAGACUGACAGCUGCCAUUGGGUUCCUGACUGUCUCGAGUGCAGUGACCAUGUCGGCUCCCUUCUUCCUGGGCAGAGUGAUAGACACCAUUUACACCACUGGGUCAGACACAGAGACAAUGACAGCCUCUCUGACGUCAUUGUGUAUGAUGCUGACGGGUGUCUUCCUGUUUGGCGGGGCAGCCAACGCUGCCAGGGUCUAUAUCAUGCAGGCCUCAGGCCAACAGAUUGUCCGUAAUCUCCGUGCCUCUGUCUUUUCCUCCAUCCUCAGACAGGAGGUGGCAUUCUUUGACAAAAACAGGACCGGCGAGCUCAUCAACCGGCUGUCGGCCGACACGGCCGUGGUGGGCCGCUCCAUCACAGACAACCUGUCAGACGGGCUGAGAGCCGUCGCCCAGGCAGCUGCUGGCGUCACCAUGAUGUUCUACGUUUCUCCUAGUCUAGCAAGUUUUGUGUUGCUGAUCGUUCCACCUAUGGCCAUUCUCGCCGUCAUUUAUGGCAGAUACCUUCGUUCCAUCUCAAAGCGAACACAGGACGCUCUCGCGCAAGCCACACAGCUGGCGGAGGAGCGAAUCAGCAACAUGCGGACGGUCAGGGCCUUUGGGAAGGAGAUGGCUGAAGUGGACGCGUACGCGCGGAAAACAGACGUUGUCCUCAGCCUGGCUCAAAAGGAAGCGUUAAUAAGAGCGGGUUUCUUUGGAGUGACCGGUCUCAGCGGAAACCUCAUGAUCCUGUCGGUGCUCUACAAAGGAGGCCUGCUGAUGGCCAGUCAGCACAUGACCGUGGGAGAGCUCUCAUCGUUCCUCAUGUACACGUUCUGGGUCGGCAUCAGCAUCGCAGGUCUGAGUUCCUUCUACUCGGAGCUGAUGAAGGGUUUUGGAGCAGGAGCCAGACUCUGGGAGCUGUUGGACAGAAAGCCAGAGUUUCCAUUAAAUGAGGGCCAGGUCCUCCCUCUGGACCAGCUGAAAGGCCAACUGGAGUUUUGUGAUGUCUCCUUUGCCUACCCUACUCGUAAGGAGGCUCCUAUUUUCCAGAACCUCCGUCUCGUGGUCCCAGCCGGUAACAUCAUGGCUGUGGUGGGAUCCAGCGGCUCAGGGAAGUCUUCCCUCGUCUCACUCCUGCUCAGGCUCUACGACACUGAUGCUGGUAUCAUUACUGUAGAUGGUCAUGACAUCAGGGACCUGAAUCCCUACUGGCUCAGAAAUCACAUUGGAACUGUCAGCCAGGAGCCAAUGCUGUUUUCCUGCUCCAUCAGAGACAAUAUAGCCUACGGUGCUUUGGACUCCGAUGCCGUGACGACAGAGGAAAUCUACAGGGCAGCCAAAGUGGCCAACGCCUAUGAUUUCAUCCAGGCCUUUCCCAAAGGCUUCGACACGGUGGUGGGGGAGAAGGGAGUGCUGCUGUCAGGUGGUCAGAAGCAGAGGAUAGCUAUAGCCAGAGCUCUCCUCAAGAAUCCCAAAAUCCUGCUCUUAGAUGAAGCCACCAGCGCGCUGGAUGCUGAGAAUGAGUUCCUUGUUCAAGAGGCGUUGGAGCGUCUAAUGGAAGGGAGGACGGUUGUGAUCAUCGCCCACCGUCUGUCCACCAUUAAGAAUGCCGAUGCCAUCGCUGUUCUGGACCAGCGUCGUGUUGCUGAGUGUGGCCCGCCCUCAGAGCUGCUGGGAAACAGGCAGGGACUGUUCAGGAAACUGAUGGAGAAACAGGCAUUUCUGCAGGAAGAACAGCAGCGCGCUCUUCAGUGAAAGGAUGAGGAGCACCCAUAGCUAAGAAAAAAGGGAGAAAUCAGGAAAUGUACUGGUGACAAAACUCACCUGAUGAGACUUUCCCUUUCUAUUUCACUACUGAAAAGACUACAGUAUGUAGCAUGAAGACUCGAGAGCUGAAGCUGGGACCAUUUGUCCUUAGAAACUGUUUGGAAAGUAUCUAGAAAGAACAAGAAGAAGUCCGCGUGAGAGCCAGAGAGAGACAUGAGGACAGAUGCUCUUCUCAACGGAGGCUCGCAGCCAACUGUGACUUAAAUCUGUUUUUGUUGUACGAAUAAGCCCAAAUUCUGUUCAAGCGAAGAAAGUAAACGUGAGGGAUGGCUCUGACAUCCUCCUGCAAUCUCUGCCGUGGAACACCGUCUGCUGUCACGUCAGGAUGUUUAUAGCGAAACCAAAAACAGGCCCGUAAGAACCUUACAGCACUGCUAAAUGUAUAUUUAUAUAUUUGCCUGUAUAUUGAGUUUGUUUUUUAAACUUGAAACUUAUUUGCAGAGCUUUUUUUACCAUUCUUUUAAAGUCUAAACAAACGAAAGCAGCUACAUGAAGUAUUUCCACUGUGGACUAAACACAGUGGUGAUAUAUUUUGACAAAUGUUUGCACAUUUCGGCAUGAAACAUAUAGUGUCAGUCUCUAAAAAUCAAAGCUGGGGGUGCUACGUGUAUGAAAACAACGUGAGCGGGGAUAUUGGUCUCUGACUUGUUAUCAUAGUGAGACUGGUUAAACUACUUGCAUUUUAGUUUGUUGUUGGGAUUUGACUGACAGCUGCUGCAGCUUGGUGUGUGUGAGGUUUGUUUUAAACAGUGAUGUCAUCAAAGUGAGUGGUAGGCCUGCAUCAUGAUCACCGCUUUCCCAAUAGUUAUCUGAAUCCACCAUUACCUUUACAAGUGACCCCUCUGAGGGCCAUUUAACAAAGCCCUCCCGGCAGAGUCUGUAAAGCUAGAGAGCAUUGUUGGACCUUUGACAUGUACAACAGAGCUAAUUACACACUAUUUAUAGCUGUUUACCUCAGUGACAUGAUCAUUUCUUUCCUCCGAGCAUUGGUAUGUGUUCACAGCAUGUCCACUUGAGAGCCUUAGAUACUUUAUAAACAGCUCUAAAACCUUGUAUAUGUUAACUGCGGUUAUGAAGAACUAGCAUAUGUGGGUAAUUUUGCUCAGAUUUAUCCAAAAGGGGCCGGGGGGGGAUUUUAGUACCAGUCCACUGACAUGCCCCGACUGCAAACUCUUGUCGUUCACAGUUUGAAGGUGGCGGUUUCGACAGAGGCUCAUAAGAAAGAUUUAUUAGGACGGUGCUGGAGAACGACUCUGGCAUUGAUCCCUCACUAAAUCCUCUCACAAUAUUGUCUGCGUAGCACUGCUGUCACUUUGGGUUUCUGUGAAUUCAGAGUCUUGUAUUUAUUAAUUAAAAUGUGUGGAUUGUAUGGCAGCAGGAACUUUGUUCAGUUUAUUCAUGUUUUGAAAAUGUACAUGUUUAUCACAACAUAGCCUAGAUGUCCUUUUUCUUUAUAGUAUUUUCCCUCCCACUUAAAAAUGAAAGUCAUUUUUACUUGAAUCACUUUACAUUUGAACAUUUUUGUGACUUGUUAGUCCAUAUUUUUAGUUCUGAUGUAACUUUAUAUCAUUAGCAUCAUCUCUCAUCAUUUAUGUACGUAUGUGUUGAAUUGCCUUGCCAAAAAAUGUCAAUCACAAGUAAAUUGAAGAGACUUUAUAGAGACUGAACACCUCACUUCGUGCCACUUUAAAGUAGAAAGUGAAGGUGGUUGUUUAUUGUGUUUAUAUGCCGACACAAAUUAAUCCAGAUUUUUCCUUUUCUAUCUUCAGUGUAACUAAGAGUGUUUUUAACAAAUUAUAUUGUAACAAAUGUUUAACUUAAAUGACAUGUUAUAUGUCAUAUCACAAUUAUAUAUAUAUAAAAAGGAAUAAAGUGAAAUAUAAGCUAUUUCAUUUGUCAUUUGUAUUUCACUAAAUGUAAUAAAACUCCUUAAAAUGAGUAA